GUAAAUUGUAUCCUCACAUCGCAUAUAUAAUCCUGGUAAAAUUAGAAAAAUUUGACAUUUCUAUUCAUUCAAAUUCCAAAACUCAUAAGAAAUUUACGCUCAAAAUCAUGAAGAUCUCACUCGUUACGCUCUCCGUCCUUUGUCUUGUUGCCAUUUGUCAAGCCGAAGAAGACGAUGAGUUUGCACCCCUAUUGUUCAAACGCCAGUUUAAUAAUAACAAUAACAAUGCGGGUCGUAUGAAGGGAGGGGCUAGUUUCAACAAUAACAACAACAAUGCUGGUGGAGGUCGUGGAUCACCAUCUUUUAACAAUAAUAACAACAAUGCUGCCGGACGUGGAGCGUCUUCCUUCAACAAUAACAACAAUAAUGCCGGAGGAGGCAGUGGGGCGCCAGCUUUCAACAACAAUAACAACAAUGCUGCUGGACGGGGAGGGUCUUCUUUCAAUAAUAAUAACAACAAUGCUGGCGGAGGUAAUGGAGCCCCUGCUUUCAAUAAUAACAAUAACAAUGCCGGUCAAAUGAGGGGAGGUGCUAGUUUCAACAAUAACAACAAUAACGCUGGAGGACAGGGAUCACUUUCUUUUAACAAUAAUAACAACAAUGGUGGUGGGGGCGAUGCGUCCUUUAACAACAAUAACAACAAUGCUGGAGGUGGGGGCAGUUCCUUCAACAAUAACAACAACAAUGGGCGCUUAGCAAGGCAAUUUAACAACAAUAACAACAAUGGAGGAUUCGGUGGAUCAUUUAACAACAACAACAAUAAUGGCCGCUUAGCAAGACAGUCCAGAAACAAUGGGGGUCCAACCCGUAUAGGUAACAAUAACAACAACAUCGGUGGUAAUCCUCUCAACAACGUUUUUUAACAAUGGAAGACUUGCUUAAAUUGGUAAAAUCUGUCAUUUAAAUACAUUGUGUAUGUCUGGUCAAUCAUAAUUUAUAACUUGCUCUGGUUUACUAAAUGGUAAAGACUAAACUGGAUUAUUGAGAGCCAGUUAAUUCUGAACAUUAACA